AAUAGAAGUAAUUUACAAAUCUGUUUAACUUUCUGACACCAGUUCAUUAAAAAAUAUUUCCACCGGAGUACCCUUUUAAGUAGGACCAUGUAAUGUAUGUAUAGCAGGUAUAUUUACUACUGGCUGUGUUUGUAUGGUUAUUUUAAUGAAAAGUAUAAAAACUUUAUUAAAUGUUAAUAACUUGUUCCACCUACUUGUUUUUCAGGGUUCUCUGACAUGUCCUAAACGGUGCUGGCAGUAUAGCAUGUGCUAUGACAAAAAUGAGCCAAUGGGUCACCACAAUGGCUUCAAAGACUCCAGGAUCUACAGUGUCAUUGGUUGGACAAGGGCCAUUUUUAGAUAAGCCCUCACUUCACAUGGUGGGGUACAUGGGAGAAAACCCUAAUGGCAUCCACACUUCGAAUGAUGGAUGGUGCCCGGUGUGCAAGAUCAAGGGCCAAACACAAGCACUCAAGACGUACCGCAUCAACUUUACUCAGUCAAUCUUCCUCUGUACUAACCCACAGUGUAUUUAUCCAUUGGGAUACACUCCCUUGGAUAACAUAAUUGCAAACACUGCUGACCUUAAGAAGAAUAGCGGCCCAAAUAAGCAGAAGAAGCGUUGCAUCUCCACCCUGUCUCCAAGUUCAGUCCCAUGUGAGAAAAGACCCAAAAUUGAUCUUCCCAUCUCUGGUGCUUCUCAAACUGUUCAGACUGGUCUCUGUGAAGAGUUGCCUGGUUUACCAACCCUGGAAUGUGAUACAAACUCACCUAAAAGAUUAAAAGAUGGCCUGACAGAAUCCACCAUUUCUCAAACUCAAAACGUCUCUGGAUCUACUAAUACUUCUAGUAGUUUUACUUUGCAGGACAAGCCUAGUUUUCCCAUUCUGCCUAUGGAACCUCCUAUUAGAUACGCACCUAGUGCAUCUGAUGGAUUACCUAUAAUAAAAGAUAACAAUCAAGAAGUAUUGCAGAAUGGAGAUCUAGAAGAAAUAGAUACCUUAUGUAAUGAUUCUCCUCUCCCCCUCCCGCCAGAAAGUGACCUAAUGGCAAACAAGGUAGAUAAAGAGCAAGAAGUAGUAAAACAAAGUUCCGAAACUGAAAAUGAAACGCAUAUGAUAGAUGAUCAGAGCCGAAUGCAAGACAACACACCCUCCCAUGUAUCUCCACCUACACCUGUAUUGCAGAACCUUCAGCAACCGUGUCAAGUGGAGGAAAAUUCCUCCAAGGAAAUAUCCAUUGUCCUAAGCAAUAUUGAGAAAUUGCCUGACUCUGCUUCUGGGCUACCACAACUUUGUGAAUCUGUCAAAGAUAACCUCUCUUUGCUAGAAACUCCUAAAGAACAAAUGGAAAACCUGGAUGGUUUGACAGAUCAAGUAGAUGUGGAAGCUCCUUCAUGUAACAAGGCUUCUCUUUUAAUUCAGUGCAAUGAUUUAGAGGUAAGUGAAAACACAGUCUCCUCUGAAUUGCAAAAUGAAGAGUUUGUCCAACAAAUGAAGGACUCCUUGCAGAACAUACCUCCUCCUCCAUGUCCAGAGGCUGCCGUGCAGGAGAACGAUUUUGGAAGUGCAGAUUUAUCAAAAACUCUUCAGAUGAUGCAGGAAUCUUGUGAAAUGUUAGACGCUUCUCAAGCAGCAGAAGUUGUGUUAGAAGAAAGUCCAGCAGAAGGUCAUGCAUCCACAGGUUUAUGGAAGCCAGUGUCUUCUCCACCAUGUUGUGUGGUGGAGGACAGUGAGAAAAGUCAGUCUUCUAUGUCAUUAUGUGAUCAGCAGACAGAGAGUCUGGCUAAAGACAAUUCAGAUACACCAGUGGAUUUUACAUCUCUUAUGCCAGACAUGUCUGUGGUAAGCACAGAGGAUCCAUCACUACCAGUUCCUAAUUUGUCAUUGCCACAAAAACUAGAGGAGGACUGUAAGAAAACUAAUUCUGAAGAACACAAUCCCUCCAAUAUUAUACAAGACCUUCUGCCUGAGAUUCAGGGGGAGGAGAAAGCUUUGGAGAACACAUGUGACAGCCCUGCUACUUCAGUGCCUUCUGUAAAAGAUCAGGCCUAUGCUGAUGCUGCAGCGAUAUCCUUACUGGCCCAUCAGUUGUCAAAGAUACUUGACUUGACUCAGACCUGUCAGAAAAAUGACAUGGCUACUCCAGUCAGCUCUUCAUUGGAUAGUCAACCAGUUUGCCAUCCAGAUGAUAGAUCCUUCGAGAAAGAGAGCGAUUCUUGUGAGACUUCAGCUUCUGUUAUGAUAGAUGACUGUAGCCCAUGUAAAGAUGCCAACUCUCUUCACAAAAUGCCACUGCCAAGUCCGCAGAUCUUGUUAGAAGACAGCUUGGAGUGUCACCGCGGAAUGAAAACACCAUCUGGGAGCUUACAAAAUACACAGACUCUGAACAAAAAUUCUGAAGUUGGCAGCUCCUUGUGUGGGAUAAGAGUGGCUACAGACUGUGAAAAAGCAUUGGCACACAGAGAUGCCAAAUCUCCAGACAAAAUGCCAUUACCAAAGCCGCAGAUAGUGUUACAGGACUGCUUCAAGUGUCACUGUGGAAUAAAUAAAUCUCUACAGAAUACAAACGAACUGGACAAAAAUUCUGACGGCUCCUUGUGUAGGGUAAGAGAUGCUACAGACUGCGAAACAGUAUCACCUAACAAAGAUGCCAAGCCUCUUAAGAUAAUGCCAGGCGCAAAAAUCUUGUUAAAGGAUUGUCUGAAGUGUCAUUGUGGAAUGAAUACACCAUCUAAGAGUUUACUGAAUGCACAGGAACUGGACAACACUUCUGCAUUGGAAGUUGGCAGCUCCUUGUGUGGGGUAAAUGAUACUACAGAUGCUGAGAUGUCGGCACAGUCAGACAGUCAUAAGGAUAGUAAUAUUGUUGCUACUGGCAAAAACCCAACAGACAUCACAACAAUAGAAAGUGAGUCACCGAUAUCCAAAAAGAAAAAGUUUUAUGAAAACACAAUUUUGCCUGAUUUGUUAUUGGACAUUCAGCCUGAGCACCGAAUGGAUGAGUCUAUAUCUGCAGCCCCCAGUCCUGCGUGUGAUGCUACAGUGUCCAUGACGCUUCCUUCAGACACAACAAAACAAGAUGUAUCACAGAAAGGACAAGUCCUAGAAUGUGAUAGCAUAAUGGAGGCAACAGAUGACGACAAUGAAGAUAACAGCAGAAUGUCAGAUGCUAUAGAAGCUUCAUAUAACAGUGAGGAAUUGGCUGAUGAUGGUAAUGACUCCAUGGAAGCAAAAACUGAUGAUCCCGCACAAGUUGUUAAAACACCUGAAUUAAUGAAAGUAAAAACCACAGAAAGACGUCUACAAUGGAAGAACAAGCAUUCCUUAUGCUGGUUAGAUUGUAUAUUAUCGGCCUUGGUCCAGUCAAAGACUCUCAAUGAUUUUGUUGCAGGAGGUCACAUGAGCAAGGAGUCAGUCAUUCACAAUCUCUUCACAAAAUAUGAUGAAGCCACAGCACUGUUUCUAAAGAGUAUCGAGAAACGGAAAAAAACUGAAAAGCGACCAAAGUAUGACAAGUGUCUAAAUGACGUCAGAAUGGGAAUCUUUGAGAAGCUGAAACCACUUCUACAGUGCAAAUUGGGAAAGAAUGAGAGCCCGGUCUUUGCAUUUCCUUCACUACUUAAUCAGGACCCUCAGACUGAGAAGCUUUUUGGGCAUACGUUCAUGUGGAAGUUUAAAUGCGAGGUCUGUGGAUAUAGCUACCAGCAAAGGUGUCAAAAAACAUUGACUACAUUCACAAAUCCACUCCCUGAGUGGCGUCCUCUGAAUGCUGUGCACGUGGGGCCAUGCAACCAAUGUAAGAAUACUGAGCAAAAGCGAUCAAUGGUGCUGGAGAGGCUGAAUUCAGUAUUUAUGGUUCACUUUGUGGAAGGUUUGCCAAGCAGUGAUCUGGAGGAUUAUUCAUUUCAGUUUCAAGGUCAUUCUUAUGAAGUAAAGGCUAUUAUUAAAUACAGGAAUGAACACUUCUCUACCUGGAUAUCAAAUGAUGAUGGUACCUGGCUUGAAUCCGAUGACCUUAGAGGCUCAUUCUGUAGAAGACAUCAGAAAUUUCGAGUACGAGCUGCUGACAUUCACAUAGUGAUUUGGGAGAGGACUGAUGGAAACACCUUUGAGGAGAAUGUGCAUCUUGGUGCAGUGGAGCAAGAGCCCGAGUUUAAUUCGGCAAACAUCUCCAUGGUAUCUGAAGAUGAAUGUUUUUCUUCAGUGGGUGCUGUCGAGCUUUCCCCACAGGUUCCUUCUACAGUGCCGCCUGUUGCCUUAAACGCUUCAAAUCCACUUGCAGGAAUGGAAGGCUACGCUGACGAUGACGUCAUAACGCUAACGCUAGUUGAAAUUCCCCUCGAAACAAAUGGCCAACCGGUUGUAGUGCCUACCAAGCUUCAGGCAACUGAUACCUCUCAAGGAGAAGGUACCCAUGCUUCCCAAACAGCAAUAUCAACAGUAAUGUCAUCAGGUAUCCCUAAGAGGCAGGAGGACUGUACACUUACAUCACCCAUCUCUUCAAACUCCAGUGUUAAAGCGGCCCCCCUUAAGAAUAGCAGUGGUGUUCGAAGACCCCCAAACCCAGCUGGCAAUGCCAUUGCAACCAGCACGCCCAUUCAGCAACGCCAAAAAAACAGUUGGAGCGGAGUGGGCAACUGGAUGACCCGAUUGAUCAAGAAAGAUCAAUCGAUUUUAAAUUUGAAUCUUGCAUCUAAGAAAACGCUGCCGCUCGUAACUUGUCCUCCGCUGAAAGUAACAGAUCCUAAUGGCGCUCCCAGAAAGGCUCAGAGCUUUAAUGGCUUUCAAGGCAGAUCAACGAGUAAUACUAGUAUUUCCACAUCUAAUUUAUCACCGACAAACACUGAACAUAAGCCAUCCUUCAGCACUCCGAAAGAAAAGGGAACUCCUAUAGCUACGCCAUCUCCAGCGCCUACAGCUUCAUGUUUUAGGAUACCCGGGAGCAGUACUUCGGAAUACAGCAAACGGUUGUUAAAGGACGGGAACUCAUCCAAUGGGGAUAAAAUAGGUAAAUUAAGACUGAAGUUGUUGAAGAAGUUGAAGGCCAAGAAAAAUGAGCUGGCCACGUUAGAAAAGUUGUCAAAAAUGCAGGGGAGUGGCGCCCAGGUUAAUGGUGUUCCCCAAGGUGGUUUUAACCGAAAGGAGCACCUCCAAGGAUUUUUAGACGAGCUUCAGGAACACAUAGACAAUGCUGAUAAUGAAUCUGUUUGCACUAUGAGCUCCAGCACUUCUAUAUGCAGUAGUCCCGGGGAUGCAGAGUUUUUUGCAGAACUUUUCUCUCCGUCGCCCGCCAACAACCAGCCGGACGACAGCAGGUACAUGGAGAUGUUGGUGGAAGGCUGUGGUAUAGCACCGGCAAACCAGUUAGGGCAGGCGAAUGACCAGCAGCCAAUUGGGAACUUCUCACAAGCUACCUCAGGCAGUAGUAAUGCCGGGCCUACCCCCAGAGACGAGUCGUUGAAUCUCAUGUCGAAUUCUACCCUAGCGGUGCUGAAUGAGGACAAUGGCUAUUUCGAUUUGGAUUACUAUUUCUAAGCAGUUGUUUUAUUGACCUUUUCAACUUUCCCCAUUAGGUUGGGCUCACGCUGUUUUAGUUGUUUUGCAGGUUUUUCGUGCUUUUGUUCUUAAGCCGAAACAAAAGCGGAUCCUAAAGAAAGAAUAAAGCUCUUUGUUGACUUUUGAUCACCUACAGACUGCAGGCAACCUGAAGGGGGUAUGUCAGCAGUUUGGAGCCCUCAGAUCUGCUGAUAACACUAUAUAAUGCACUGUUUCCCAACCAGGGUGCCUCCAGCUGUUUCAAAACUACAACUACUAGC